UGAUCUUGGGUUAAUCUGUACCAAGGCUGGUUCGAUUUCGCAUUUCUGCGGUAAAACCGAGGUCGAUGGCAAGAUACUAUACAUAUCUUAGCGACUUUCCGCCCAUUGUUUUCCUUCAGUCGCUCGCCGCGUCGUGAGUCCUACUCAGUCUACUAAAAUUCAAAUUACCAUAAAGGCUAGCGAUGGAGGGACAGAAUAUUCUUGAACAAGUAAAUUUAAGGUACAUUAGUUUGACUACUUUCAUUUAUUUCAUUUUAUUUUAUGACAUUAUUUUUAUUAUUAUAUUUUAACAUUUUUAAAACUGAUCAUAUAGUCAAGCGAAAUUGUUCGUAGUUAAAAUUUUGUCGGCCGGUGUAGCCUCGGAUUUUGAAAGACUAGUUUGCAUAACUUGUGCCCGAUUGCCAAAACACUGACUCGGUAUGAAUAAUUUUCAUAGGUAAAAUGUACAAAAGAGAUUUACUUCAAAUCAAUGGAAAUCUGAGGCCAUAUCAUACAAAAUAAACAUUCUGUAAUAUACCAGUGAAACGGGUAAAUCGAAGAUUUACUCUUGGUAAAUAUAAGUUUUUUUUCUACUGUUUUUAACCGCUCUCACAUCAACUACUUUUCUUGAAUUUGAUAAAUUUAAAACAUAGUACCGGUUAUUUUUUUGGCUGGGACGCAAAAAAUUAAAUGUGAAAAGAAUUAUCAUUUCGUUUCUUGAAACUGAAAUUAAAAUCUUACCUUUUCGAAAAUAUUUGCCUCCCCCUCAAAUAUUUAAUCAAACAGAAAUGUAAGCUUAGUGGAAUAUACCACGCAAAAACGGAUUUUGCAAAAAAAAAAAAAAAAAUCGACAAUAUUGAGAGAUUUGUGCAAUACGUGUUUUGUUAUUAAUGAUUUAGUGACAGAAAAUGUCUUGUUGCAAAUGACAUUUCUAUUUAAACUUCCGGGCGUCACUUGUCUCCAAAGGAAAUUUUAUUCCCUAUUUGUCAAAACAUUUUGAAUUACCUCCAUUCAGAAUUAUUUGUAGCUGAAGGCAUCCUAUAAAAUGAGGAAAAAGCGGUAAGGGAAAUUUUAAAUACUUAUGCCAUAUUUUGCUUUCUCUAGUGUUUUACUGAUUUUGGUUUUAAUCUUUCCUGACGAAUGCGCAGAUGACUCUAUUUUUCACUGAUUUGUUACCAAAAACGAGAAAUCCUUUUCAUUUUCUACCUCAGGUUUUAACUCAAAGAAAUCACGCUUUUGCAGUUGGACUCCUCCUUUCAUGGCUCUCAAAUUAUAGCUUUGAUACACAGGUGAGUGAAAACCGAAACAGAUAUAGUAAGAUUUCCUCAAUUCAAAUUGAAUACCUCAACUCCAUUUGAUUUGUGCCAAGAAUAACUGCAUGCCAGUAAGUUUCUACUUUUAAUUCCUUAUUCUCAGCUUCAAUUAUUUUAUUUUCUUUUUUUAUCAAGCCAAUAUCCCAGUACAAAAUACGGAUAGGAAAAUUUCUGCGAUCGUAUCUUGUACCAAUUCAUAGCGCGGCGCGACAAAAAUUUCAGCCAUUAGACAUGCUUUUCAUAACGAAGUUUUCCCCAGUAAUUUUUUAAAGUCGUAUAGUCAUGUUUAUGUUUACCGUCGCAUAUUGUUCCUGCCAAAAAACAGACAACAAUAUUCUGAUUACUAACCAAGUAAUCAUGAAUCAGUAAGAGGGAUAUGAUAUUAAACAUUAUACUGCGAGGAAAAGGAAUGAACAAUCUCAUCACAGCCUCGGAACCAAAAUAUUACUUCAUGUCAGUAUUUAAGCACUAUAAAGCCCACCGACGCUAUCUACAAUAAGGUUAAUACCUUGAAACUAAGAAUUUUUAUGAGUUGUUUUUUUCUUGUUGUCAGUUCCCUCUAGUGACGGAUUUUCUCAUCGCUUUAGGAUCAACCGCACUACUCAAAAAAUCCAAUUACAUUUGUAAAUUUUGUAAAAAUAUUUUCAUUGCUGUAUAAUAAUAUAAUAAUCAUAAUCAUAACGAAUAUAUAAUAACGACUACACAAUGAAGAUUGCUUCAGUUAUCCUAACCUAGGAGUGCUCUAUGCCCAACAUAAGUCCAGAGCUAAAUACAAAGUUGACGAGACAGGAAGUUUUAAAUCUUACUCGAAUUUCCCGCACUAUAGCUGGGCGAUCAUCAGUCUAGUGUUUGAUACUCGAGUUACAGAUAUAUAUUAUAAAUAUAUAUUCAGUAGUAGAUUCUGAUUUUAAAUAAUAUUUUAUUUUACUUUUUCUUGAUAAUAAAAGACUGAACAAAUCAAAACAAGACGAAAUGACAAUUGUAAUGCAUACCCUUAUUUACUGAAUGUAAUACUAAUCUCCGUAAAAGGAACCAAAGUGAAAAGGAGGACUUUCAAGAAAACUAAGACUAUCAACGAAAUUUACAAUUGCUGUUUCUGAAGAGAUACGAUAUAUCUAAUUCAUUUAAUGUGAGCACAUUCAAAAAAUACUUUUUUUCAAGGACCCUCUUGCGCAACUUUAAGAAAGUUGAUUUUGAUCAACUUGAUAAACACAGCCUACCUAAUUCCGGUGUCAAAUGGUGAUAUCAGGUUAGAUUCAGUUACUCAAUAUGAUUUUAAAUACCGCAGCAAUUAAUCAAACAUUAAUUCCAAAAACGUAUCUUGUCUAAUAUCAACAAACGAAACAAAAAGCUCCAUUUACUUUUUGAUUCUGUCAAGGGUGAUUGCAAAGCCAAAAUCAGUAAAAAUCGAUGCAUGAAUGAUUAUAAUCACUUUCGAAUUCCGCCGUUCAGUACUGAAGUGAGGCGAGAUUUAGGUCGAAGUUCAGGGUCUAAAUUAUGUGGUCAUGCUCAAAUGUAUUAUAUAGAGGCAAGAGAGGAUAAAGGGGACAGAGAAGGCAUCCCCCAUACACACCCUAUUCCAUAGGUAAUUCGUCUCAAGUUAUUUUUAGAAUCGGGAUAAAGUUACCUCGCGCGCUUCGUUUAAGCAAGUAGCAAGUAAUAUUCAUGUACAUGUAAUUAGUUUUACAAAUUUGAAUUUUACUGUAGUUUUUUUUUAAGUUGUUAAGCGCUGUUGAUCAGUGAAUGUCAAUAGCGCUCUAGAAGUUAUUAAAUUAUUAUUAUUAUUAUUAUUAUUAUUAUUAUAGGUCACCAAGUGUUAUUUUUGUUGAAUAAUAAAAGACUAAUAAAAGAACAAAUAUCAAACCAGAAAUUGCUCUCUUCAAACUGUAAAUUAUAAAUGAUCCUGAGAGAAUAUUCACUGUGUUAAGGAUUUCCCUGCUGUACUGUUAGCUCUAUACAAGAGAGGAAGGGCGAUUCUUUUUUAAUUUCCGUUUCGCUGACACAGCUUUAGCAGAAAUCUCUCUUUAGUCGUUUUCGUCGACAAAACGAAUAGCAAUAUUGCUCUCCGCGUCUUCCGCCAUUUUUUUCUGCCUCAAUUCGUGAAGGACGCGUGGCUCUGAGCGUGGGUCAUCCACGCGGAACAUAUUCGCGUUAUGUGAUUGACUGUUGUCUAAUCCCCCUUGGGAUCUGUGGUCUUUAAAAUAACUCGAGACGAAUUACGUAUGGAAUAGGGUGUGUAUGGAGGAUGCCUUCUCUGUCCCCUUUAUCCUCUCUUGAUAGAGGUUAAAAAGUAACAUAUGUAAUAUUUGUGCAAAUCAUCGCCACGCUCUUUAGAUUGGUCGUUCACCGUCAUUUGUGAUCUAUUGGAGUAUAACAUGGAAGAUCGGCUAUCUCCUCUAAGAUAUGUUCUUCGUUAAAAAAGGAGUCCACAAAAGACAAUUCCAUUUGGACAAAACGUUUCACUUUGUAAUAAACUACACUGUAGAUUUUAUUAUUCUCACACUUUUAAAUGUAUUGCUAUACCUAUUUUAACACAACUGCAUAUUAACAUUAACAUAACCUGCCGCCAAAUUUGUUUGAAAUUGACGACAUGUAACGUAUCUUAAAAACAUAAUAUUAAAGAGCAAAAAUGAAAGCUACAUCUGGGAAGUGCUCUCUAGUGGUGCUUUUAAUCACGAUGCAGAAAGUGUGGUUCUAACUUAACUUUUGAGUCUGUAGUUGAAAUCCUAAAGUGUGACAUCAAAUGAAAGUUAUUGAGCAGUACUGUAUAUUAAUACUGAACAAGGUGGUUAGCGAUCCACCUUUUAAUCUUUACAUGUGAAUUAAGUCUUAAAGUUUGAUCAUUGAAAUGAAAGCUACCGAGAAGGACUUUUGCCGUAUAUUACAUCUCUUUAGCUUCUCUUUCAUCAGUCAGGUAUUUAAAAAAAAUAAUUCUGAUAAAUAUUAGGUUGCAACAUAAAGUAGUAUGCAUUUCUAUGUCUCAAAAUUUCAUGAACUUUCCAUUUAGCUUGGUCUGCUGUCUUAUGGAACGUGCCUCGCGUCCUUUGCGGUAUACUAGUACUGUAGGGACAAUGAAUAUUUUGCUGAGUCCUUGAACGAUAUAAGUUGUAGGACAAAACAGGGAUUUGUGUACAUCAAAAUGGUAUGUCAGUCUUCUGAUACCUAACAUUUAUUUAGCAUUCAUUUUCUUUCUCUUUUAUCUUUCAAUACGUAUUUUUCCAGUUGUUGAAAACUGCACAUGUAGUUUCUCUCUUAAUAACAGCAUUUUUCUUACUUGGAUACUACUUGAGACAGUCUCUUUUUUUACGUUCAUGGCGGCGAAUUCGUCAUGCUUCGAAGUUGACCUGAAACCGGCUCUUUCUUAAUUAACUGUCAAAAAGCGAUUUUUUCUGUAACGCAUAAAAGCGUACAAAGCGCCCCGUCCCGUUUCUGUUUAUAACAAUAAUGAUAACGCUUGCCCAUUUGAUCAUCGAAUAAGUCUUCAAGAAGACGUUGUGCUUGUACCGAUCGUCAUUGGUGCCCUCGGAACAGUCAGUGAAAGAUUCCAUAUGUAUCUAAAGAAAGCAGGACUCGACCGAAGUAUUCUACCAUUACAAAAAACUUGUUUACUGUAUGGCAACAUCAAGAAUUAUAAGAAAGGCGAUGGAUACCUAAGGUGACGGGAAUGAGGUCACCUGACCAAGAAAACCGUGCGAACUGACAAUAAUAGUAAUAAUAAUAAUAAUAAUAUUAAUAAUAACAAUAGUAUAGCCGGGGUUAUGGAACUUUGUGAAUAGCUCUUACCAUCCCGAGGUUAUGCGGCUUACAGUACCAGUACUUCAGACGAAAUUAACACCAUGUGCAGAAUGUGUGGUAAGGUGCGAGAAAGCCUUGCUCACGUUUUGGCGGGAUGUACAUAAGUACAUGGACACUCAGGCAUAAUGUUGCGCUAAAAGUUCUGUUCUUUGAAAUACUCACCUCAAACUUGCUGACUCUGUUAGUACUCGCGGGUGGAGCGCAAAGCGUUGUACGAGUCAGAAAAUGCUCAAGAAUUCUGGGAUUUCCUGUUUAUGCAGAACACACUUUCGUUUGAGCCAACAGGGUGUACGUGGAUGCACGAUUUGUAGACCACAAUGGGAUGAGGCUGUUAAGGGUUGAAAUGAGCUGUCCAUGGUUGGACAAUCACUAGCCUGAGUAUCAGGCGUUUCUGGGGAAAAGGGGAAAAAUGGAAGCGAAAAAGGAAGAGAGGUGAAGUUUCUCUUCUCCCCCUCCCCCCUCCCCAUCUAAAAUCUCCUCUCCCCCAGCCCCGUAGGAAGGCCUGAUACUCAGGCUAGACAAUCACAAGAAGAAGGAUUUUGAAAAGACAGAGAAGUAUCAACCACUGUGGUGGGAGCUUAUCAAACAGUACCCAGACUACAAGAUCGUACAGCUGAACGUGAUUGGUGGAUCUCGAUCUGUUUUUGUUUGUUCCGUGUUUCAAGGUUCGUUGCUUUGUGAUCGUCCCGUUUCGGGCAAUAAUCGACUAGUUAAAAUUGCUUCGCAGAUUUUUCUGAUCUUUCUUAUUCUCAAGAAUAAAGCAACGGCUGCCUCCUUCCGUCGACAAAAAAUCCACUCACCAUCGCAAUUUCCUUCGCUAUUCUUGAGCAGUCUAGAGUCGUUCUCAGCCAAGCCGGGCGAGCACGUUGCAUUGUGAUUUGCAUUAACCCCGUCUUCACUAAAAUGAUUGACGGAAAAGAAAAACCCAAAAUCCCUUCGAAGUUUGCAAUACGCGCAGCGCGAUAUAACGAAUUUCACUGCGCCUUAUGUGGCUAUUUUUCUAAGCAUGUAUACGUUGUAAACUGCUACAAUAAUAUUAAUAAUAAUAAUAAUAAUAAUAAUAAUAAUAAUAAUGUAUUUAUCUAUGUGUAUUUAAAAAUAAUUGUAAUAGAAUAAAAUAAAAUGGAAAAGUCAAUUACUUUCUGCAACGCAGAUAAAGAUACAAUUAAGCGUUCCGUUCGGGUUCUGUUCAUGAUCAGUUGAAGGGCUUUGGGUGUUUUUGUGAUUCUGAAAAAAUAUUAUGCGCUUUUGGGCCUGCUGAAAUUGGCAUUUUAACACGACAGGAGAACAAAUUUUAAAGCAUGCAUUUUAAAAAUUGCAAAAAUUAGGGCUUGAUGUUCCGGCUCAAGGCAAGACCGGUUCGAUAAAGUUUUAACAAAUUCUUCGGUCGCCUUACUUUAUAAAUCGCAGAACACUGUGUACAAAUUGAUUUGAGGGACACGUGAUUUAAUGAGAUGUGAAAUGUUAUCAUUUAGCAACAUCUUAUUAAUUUAAAUACGUUAUCAUUACAAACAUCUGUCGCUACCAACAUGAAUUCAGUAAUGUAGAGGUUUUAUUUUAGUUCAGUUGAUUUUUUUCGUUGCCCUCUGGCAAAAUAAAAAAAAGAAGAAGAAAAAAUACAAAAAUACUUUAAACUGACAAGGAAAGAACCAUGGAAGAGAAUAGUAACACUGAAUAAAAAAGCUGGUGUUCAGGUUGCACCCCCUACGUAUUGAACUGUUUCUCAAGGCACAAUCGUAUGUUUUUAUAACUCACCUGCACCUGAUACAGCAACACAUUACACCGUCCAACAAGGUUUCCGAACAAAUCCAGCUUACAACAAUUUACAUCCAAUGAUUUUGCAUACAGCGUUUAACGGGUUACCGAUAGUGAAGAAUGUAAAUCAUCCUGAUCACUUCAUAGAUAAUUGCUUCUUUGAGACCCGUUAUACUUCUACUUAUAGUAAAAAAUCAAGUGGCUUUUGUUGCUUUAAUUCAGAGCCUUGGAUCAGACCUCUUUCCCCUUUUAUUGACCGUGAUAGCCUUGGGUGGAGUCAUGGCUCUUGGAGUACUUUCUGUGUUAUGUUGGAGAAAGUUUAAGAACCUCAGUUUCAUGGAACAGUUCCUUGACUACAGACAAGUUCCUACUGCUACAGAGGCCAAUGAAAACACUGAGUCUAUAAAGGAGAACGGACAUGUUGAAAAAGUCAAGGAACCAAAUGGCAAGCGAAUUCAACAGAAAGGUCUGCUGCUUAUACUGUUUAUGUAUUAUUAGAGGCGCGAUGUAACGGUUGUCUGGUUUAUUUUGUUAUAAUUAUUAUGCAACUUAACGUUAUCAACGAAAUUACUUGUAAAAGAUAAAAUCACAGCUUCCUGUCCAACAAAUAUACCUCUCAAGCAUAGAUCUAACUUUAGACACAACAAAUGAACUUUGAAAACCCGUUAACCUAACAAGUUUUCAAAAUCCUCAAUUGUAUGCAAUCCGUUUUAAUCUUUCUCAAGUUUGUCCAUCGGUGCCUCCUUUAGUAUUUGUUGUGUUAUCCAUACUCCCUUUUAACGUUUUGAGCGGUUAUUUUUUUAUUUCACCCGGAUUUGGUGGUGGUUCCCAGCGUUUGAAUCUUGAUAUCCCGAACUUUAAGUCCGUAAAUGUGAUCUUUGUUUUACGAACUAUAGGGCGACCACCUCUAGUAAGUGACCAUCGAUAUAAAACACCUACAUUUUUCCUGUUAAAGCCCUGCAGUUGGAACCUCUCGUAAACGACCACCUGUCGUUGGCUCGUACGGCGAUCGCGCCCACUUUUUGGGACAAUUGUAGCCUGCGUGCGCUUGGAAGUAGUGGGCACCAGAAAAAACGGCGCGCGAGUAGGAGACACCCGUCGCGUGUGUCCCUCGCGCGCGCCCGUUCUCUCUUUCGCCAGCUACAUCCAAGCGCCUUCUACGCGUGCUAGGACACAUGGUCUGAUCUCUAUGUUCGCUGUACGUAUACUAUGCUAUUAGAAUUUGCGACUAACCGUUACUGAUAACAUGGAACUACCCACAUCAAAAAUACAGAGUCAGUUCUGCUUCGAAUCUGUACCAGUGAGCAUAUUUAAUUUACAACAGGGCCAUUACUCAAACUACAUUUGUCUUCCCUUACUUUUCCCUUUUUUAAUGUUUUAUUUAAGAUUGAAAAAAAGAAAAAACUUUUUAAACUAUGCGAUGAAACAACGACUUGAAUUUGCACACAUUUUUUUAAAAUUUAACUCUUUAAGAAAAAGGUGAGAACAAUGUUUAGGGCCAGUUCACAAACAAAAUGUUUCGGUUUCGUAGAUUUAAUUAUUAAACCUUUUGUUUCCCUUUCUGGCAGGUGACGAAGAGAAAAAGAAAAAGAUUCCUCCUAGACAAUAUCCGGUAUCCAACCCACCUCCCUGGAUCCCCAAACCGGAAGUCAGUGUAGUAUCUGUUCAGCCUCAGGAUUCUUCGAUUAAGGACGAUGACGAGGUUCCUUAUUCCAGCUCAGACGAAGAAGAGAUGGUCACGGUAAAUAAAUUUAUGAAUGUUAAAAACGCUUUAAAAACCGGCAAAUUAUCCUCUUCCUGCCAUGCAUUCGUGCCUUGAAAUUUUCAUUGUUUAUUUUUAGGUCGAUUGCAAGAGUUCCACAAAUCAAUCAGAAACAUGGGUCAGAACUGGUGUUUUUGAUAGCUGACGUUUAAUUUUAUUUUUUCAGUUUCAUACUAUCUGAUGCGUAUACUCUCUUAUUUCGACAGAAGUAAUCUAAAACGUGUCUUAGAAUAAUCCGUUUUCUAAAAGAAUCAUGGCACGGUUUAGUGUGGAAGGUUCGCAAGAACCAGCAUUCGGUUAGGCAACAACUACAUUAAUAUUCAACUCAAAUUAAGUUCUUUCCCUUAGCACUCGACCCUCUAAAAUUCCGAACAAUUUAAGCACUUAUCUAACAAACUGCUUUUUAUAACUGCCCAAAGCAGGUGAACCUAGCCCUUUCUAUAACUUUUAACGUAAAUUCAACUUGGGCUAAACGCCGUUUUUUCUAAGGCUAUUCAAAAACGUAUUAUUUAGUUACCGUAUUUAUUCUAAUAAGCGCCCAACCUCGAAUUACCGCCCAAUCUCGAAUAAGCGCCCAUCCUAAAGGCAGAAAAAGUUAAUAAGCGCCCACCCUAGAAUAAGCGCCCACCCUCUCCUCCUCUCAAUCAAACUCAAAUAAGCGCUCACCCCCAACCCACCCAAACGAGUGAAUAAAUUCUAAUAACAGACUUCCCCGAGGACGGAGUUUUCUUCCGAGUAUUUUACAGAAACCUUGGUUUGUUACUUCUUCGCGUUUUGUUAUUAGCUUUUUGUUGUUUUGUUGCAAAGUAAACAUACUUCACUUGCUGAAAAUGGUGAAAAUUUAAUAAGCGCCCAGCCUCGAAUAAGCGCCCACCUCGAAUAAGCGCCCACUCUCAAGGUCCAAAAAUUCAGAAUAAGCGCCCAGAGCGGUUAAUCGAAUAAAUACGGUAUACUUUAUUGAAACUUAAUCCAGGGAAUAUAUAGCAUCUAUCAUGACUAAAAGCUUGGUUGGCAAUGGUGGCAUCUAUCGUUAAAAAUGGCAACAGGGAGCUUGCGACGCCUAUUACCCUUUCUUAAACAGUCGUUGCCAUUUAUAACGGUCGAUGCCAAUAGUGGCAACCAAGCAUUUACCAAGCUUUUUCUAGGGAAACAAUUUUAAACCUUGUUUAACUGGACUGCUUUUAAACGCGUUUAAACUUUGUGUAAAUGGAGUGUAUACUUGUCCUAACUAAAUCAUCAACUAUUUUGACGUUUGUCUUUGUUCAUAGUCCACAGUCCCUCGAGAAAAUAUAACGCCAUACGACUUAUCAGACUCAGGCCCCCCGGAGCGAUUUACUCCACCGAGUGAAGCAGAAUUCCUCGGUCGAGUAUACUUUUCUCUUCAGUUUGAUGCGCUCAGGUAAGACUAGGAUACUAUGACUUAGUCUGCUUGGUCAAGUCAUUGCGUCAGUGGAAAUCUCCCUGUGUAGUUAUUUUAAUCGACAACACGAUCGAAGAGUACAUUAUUCCCCCGCGUCUCCCCCCAUUUUGUUUUGCGUCACUUUGCGAAGGACAUGUACACGAAUAGCUCUGAGCGUAGGUUAUCGCACAUUCGCGCCAUGUGAUGUGUUGUUCUUAAUCAAAUCCCCUUAGGACUUAUGGUCUGGGGGCGAGUCUAAAAAUAUCUCCAGACCAUGUCUUUGAAAAGGUUGAGUCGAGGGGUGCCUUCUCUUACACCUCAGUCAUACCGGCUUCUGGUUCUGACUUAUGUAUUAGUUUGCACUGUGUGGUAAUAAGUUUAUUUUAUAAAGCAAUUUCAUUCUUAACAGGACCGUUCUGAUUGUGAAGCUGAUUAAAGGAGAAGAGUUCCCACAGUAUGCCGGAGAUUCCCCAAAUGUUUUCCUGGAACUAAAGCUGAUACCAGCAAUGAAGAAAGAAAUCCUAAAAACAGACAUUCACGAGCGAAACGCUAAUCCUAACUUAAAUGAAGUUUUUGAAUUUGGCUUGCCUUAUGAAGUUGUGAAGAAACAGAAUUUGAGCUUCACCUUAAUGUACAUGGACAAAUUUUCUCACCCCUUCCCUGUGGGGGAGUUGACGCAUCAUCUGGAUCACCUGGAGAUGGUAGGAUCUGAAACUGUUCGAGAAGAAAUGAUCGUGUGUAGAGAAAUGCAAAGACUUCAGCAGGUAUGGCCGGAUUAGCAGGGAUUAUAAUAAUGCAAAGCAAGUUGAAAAGUUUAUUAAACAUUUCUGAUGGUGUACUUGGCCUGUACGAGCUCCAAGUGAGUAGGGAUCUUCAGAUGUCAGUGACGCCGAUGGCUGCGAAAACGUCGCUUAAAAAGUAAAUUCGUGUUUUUUCAAUCUUCAUUACAAGUCUCUUCCUAUUCACUUACUUUUUCAUAUCCAAGCGAACGGUCCUUGGAAGCUGAAUUGCUAGGAACCAUGUCCAAGUUCAGAAAGGGAAAGAAAAUUUCGUCGACGUCGCUUGUUUACGUUCUCCAUAAAUAGUGAAGUUAGGCAUUUCCAGGUCGUAGUCGUGCAGUAACGGCAAAGAAAUGUACUGAAAAGUGUGAUGCAUGUGCCGAAUUGUUGUUUUGCUGAUCAAACAUACUGUAUUGUUAAUUUUCUCGUUGUUGUUGCCUUUCUCGAAUUUUAUUGGUCCCUAGAAAUGUGCAGAGAUCGUGAAAACUGACGCAGAAAACGCACGGGGGCUGGGGAGAGAGGAGACAGUCACGGGAGUCAUAUUAGUGAACUUACGCAAAGGGACGGCAGAGGGGAGAAGCCAGCAAACCUUGCGUGACAAGCGUGACAGUAAUUCUGUUUGAAACCAAUUUCCGCCAAACUUCACUUUCCUUUUAAAAGAUCUUUUGGUAAAAGAUCCAAAGACAAUUAUAUUAAUUGAAUAUCACAACAAACACGCAGGUAAUAGGCCUGUCACGUUUGUCACACACAAGUGUUUUGCUGCCGUCUUCUUUCUGCCGUCCUGUUGCGUAAUCUUUUUCGCUUGAAAUUAUUAACUUCGCGCAGGAGCCCAUAACCCGGAGGGAACAACUCUCGUACUAGGCCUAUGUCACGGCGUUUUUACAGGCCACGCAGUUUACUUUUAGACACAUUAUAGGGCAAUUUUUCCCGCCAAAAAGAAUCUCACCAUUUUAUGGACAAAUUUUAUUUUCUUUUGUUUUUGGGUAAAAUGAAAUGAUUUGUAAACAAAAAAGUAAAUAAAAAUUAAACCAAGGAUUCGAAUCAUAUAAACAUCAAAAAGGAAAACUAAACGUUAUUAAAACGCACAAAAUAUCAUUUUUAGGUCUGUAGGUUUUGCUGACUGGUUUGUUAUAUUUAAAAGAUAUUCAAAAUUCGCGCCAAAACCGCUCUAAAAAUGAACUGGUCAGUGAAAACGCCGUGAGUCGACCGCAUGGACGUUGCUCGCUCCGGGUGAUAGACCCUUGCUUUGCGACGUUCCCUCUGUCUCAGAGCCUUCACGAGCUAAUGUGUACUGUACAGUCAUUAGUUUUAAAGGAUCAAUUCGUUUUCCAUGGUCAGAAUUUUAUUCCCCGAAUGUGCAUCCGUAACAAAACAAGAAUCCACUAAUUAACUAUUGCAAUAAACCUACAUACACAAGAAGGCGAUAAGAAAAUUUAGCAGCUAUCACAUUUAUUGCCGACAUUUUGAUAUACAAAGAUUUAAAUAUAUAUUUUUUUCACUUUUCCUGGUACGCGUUGUUGUUUUAAUUUGGAAAAAAUGCUCUUCUCCAGGUAAAAGACCAGCCACGUGACCUUGGAUUUGGUCAGGUGUUGUUCUCACUCAUGUUCAUGCCGCUGACCAGACGACUGACGAUCGUUAUAUUUAAAGCACAGCACUUGAGGCCUGUCAAGGAAGGCUUCCCAGGUCAGAGCAAUUUCGCACGUUACGAUUUUUUUAAAAAUGAUCUACCGCAUUUGAUCCAGCUCUAUUAGUUUGGUGCCUUAUAUGAGCAAGAGGUGUGUACGGGGGUUUUAAAUAUAGAAGUUAGGGAGUUAGAAAAGUACGUAAGAUAGUUUAAAAGUGAUAAAGAUAUGAAAUUCAUAUAUUCAUCACUCAGGUCAUCCAUAUUUUUCCUGGGUAUACAUUGUCUUACGAACCAGUUUAAUGAGCAGCUCUCAGUUUUCCUGUUAGCCCAACUGGCGGUUAGGGUAAGAGUGCUGCACCGGUAUCGCAGAGCGGGUUAGGGUUCGAAUCUCGUGAAGCUUGAAAUUUUGUCAGGGUUUCUUUUCGCAACUGCAUAAGUUGUGUCUUUGAUGAUUGCAAUGAUCUUCUUUGCAUACUUAACUGCCAUCAAAAGUUGAUGCUUACAAUUGUCUUUGCUCAUUGUGUGUCGACUGCUAAGAAAAUGAGUAAAGUGAAGCAAUUUCACCAAGUAAGGGCGGGUGUAAAACGCGUAAACUUUUAACGUCUACGUGCGCGCAGAUAUGGCUUCUUUACCAGUUUAAAAACUGUUUCGACACUUGAAAGUCAAGUAUAUCUUCUCAUCCUUAUUGUAUUCAAUAUGAUGGGUGGGAGCUAUAAAUUUAACCAUUAGCGCCUUUCAGACUUUUUCAUGAGGGAGGUCUAGCGUCACUAGAGGAAAUAUGUCAUGCUUGUUGUUCACUUUCACAAAACCAAACAUUAUCUUAGGGCAUAAUGUCAUUUUUAUCGCCAAAAAGGAGUGUUCGCAUAAAGGAGCAUGCAUUCCCGCGUACAUUACAUUUCUGCGGAAAAAAAAUUUUUUCCUCUCCCCCCCAUCCCACUUUGCUACGAGUCGGGAGAUCUUCUAUGCGUCUAACACUUAGUUCAUUCAUUGGGCGAAUUUCUUCCCCCACCUUUGCUGAAAAUAACAUAAAUUAUUUAGUACUAUUGUUGUGAACUAAUGCGUCUGUUUUAUAAUCAAUUAAACUGCCACUCAGACAAGCGGCCAAAUAAUGCCAACACUCGAGUGGCUUCUCUGUCUGUGGUACUGUAGCGGAACAAUAGCGUGACUUCAAUGAGAGCUCCCGAACUAACUUUUAGGGUAUCGGCAUAAAACAUCGUUUCAAUAUUAUUUGACGUCAAAAAUUUGUCAGUAUGUCAGUUAGCCUCGACAAUAUUUGUCUGAUAUAAGACAGAAUUUUGACAAAUCGCUUUAUUUGCUUCAUUUCAGCUAUCUACGUAGAAAUUGUCAUGAUCAACGUCAAGAAAAGGCAGCGAAAACGAAAGCCAACGACUUUAAGAACAGGGAGUCUGUUUCCAGUUUACAAUGAAGCGCUUGCUUUUGAUGUUGCUGACGCUAAUUUAGAGGAUAUCCGUUUGCAAGUUUUUGUGAAACAGGAGAUGGAAAGUUCACCUGACCAAGUCAUAGGCCGUGUUGUCCUGGGGACAAAUGCGGAGGGACUAGAACUACAACACUGGAAAGAGGCUAUGACGUCAAAGAAACCUAUUGCGCAAUGGCACAGUUUGCGAGAAUAUCAUCCCGCUGACCAAACAAUUCACGGUGUCAUAUCACCAACGCAUAAAUCUGUGAUAUCUAAGCGAAAAAUUGCGAGAUUCUUCGCCACGUCUUCAGAAGAUGAAGGUUAAAGUCUUCGAAGAGCAACAUGAAGACAGAGUUAUAUGUAAUUGCGUGACGAACUCAGCGUUUUUUUAAUUUACAGUUCUCGAUAAGUUUAUUAGCUCUCUGAUAAAUUCAGUUUUUCAAGAGUUUGCUUCGAUACUUGUGAGAAAGUGACAACUACGAGUGUAUAACUCGUUGAAUUUUAUUAAGAAUUUAUUUUUCCUUUUCCCAAGGAAAAUCGUAUUGCACGAAAUCCAUUUAUAUUUUUGUAUGCUGAAUCAAACUUUGCUUCCCCUCAUCAUUUACCCAAAAAAGUAUUA